AUGCAUAUUCUCGUGGUAAAUGAUGAUGGACCUCCCUCCAACAAGUCCUCUCCCUAUGUCCACUCCCUCGUCCAAAAUCUCCAAGCCGCCGGCCACAUAGUUUCAGUCGUCCUUCCCCAUACCCAACGUUCAUGGAUAGGCAAAGCGCACAUGGUCGGACAAACCGUCAAACCCACGUAUUUCAGACCUGGCACCCUUCACGAAGAUGACGGUACAACGCAUGCUCGUCCCUCGAGCGAUAAUAUAGAAGAAUGGGUAUUAGUAGAUGGCACACCUGCAUCAUGCGUACAAAUUGGUCUUUAUCAUUAUUUCAAAGAUAGAGGACCAGUAGACUUGGUUGUUAGUGGACCAAACUAUGGAAGAAAUAGUACGGCGGUUUUCAGUUUGAGUAGUGGGACUAUUGGAGGGGCGAUGGAGGCGGCGGUUUGCAAGAGAAAGGCCAUUGCGUUGAGCUUUGCGUUUUUCACGAGAAAUCAUGAUCCAGAAAUUAUUGGAGGCGCUAGUAGAGUCGGAGUGAAGAUUAUCGAGUAUUUGUAUAACAAUUGGGGUGAGGGGGUGGAUUUGUAUACGGUUAAUGUUCCGUUGGUGGAGGGAGUGGAGAAGAACAAGAUUUUGUGGACAAACAUGUUACAGAACUACUGGGGAGAAGGAAGUUGCUUUGAGGAGGUAGACGGAAACGAUGAGGAUGCUGAUGAGGAAGAAGAGAAGAUUAGAGAAAAGGAGGGGCAGCAGGGGGAGGGAGAUGGAGAGGGGAAGAAGGCUGUCGGGCACACACACAAACAUUUCAAAUGGGCACCAAGGUUCACAGACGUCUAUAAGAGUGUAGAAGAAGCUGAACCUGGUAAUGAUGGCUGGGCUGUCAAGGAGGGUUACACAAGCGUCACUCCAUUAAAGGCAAAUUUCAUGCAUGCUACUGCAGCGACACAAGGAGAGUUGAAGUUACCAUCCUCAGAUCCAAUACCAUCACUAUCGGAUCUCUCCCUUCAAGAGCCCAAGUCAAAACAACCUCAUUUUUACGCCUAUAUCGACUACGAAGAUUCUUAUGUUCAACCACUAAUCCUUUCGGCUCUGAAACAGCUCCCUCAAUCUUCAUUUACACUUCUCUCUUCUCCCUCCGACCUCCCAACUCCAGAAUCACCAUACCUCCAUAUUUCAUCAUACGAAACCAUCCCUUUUGAUGAAAUAACAUCGAAACCUACAACCUCCCUUACAAAUGCCUACGUUAUCCGCAAAGCCCUCAUUCGUAAACACUAUUUGAGUGAAACAUCCCAUAUAUGGUGUGUUAAGAACCCUGACUCUAUUCUCAAAACAAACAUCAAGCGCGCAGAGCAUUUCGAGGUCGACUACGCCGAGUUCUUAGAUGAUGCGGUGGUAGAAUGUUGGGACUUGAAGGAAAGUUUUGCACGAAACGAAAAAGUUGACGAAGAAGGAGGUAACGCCUCAGAUAGAGAAUGGUGGAUAUUGAAACCGGGAAUGAGUGAUAGAGGACAGGGCAUUAGGUUGUUUUCCUCUUACGAAGAACUCCUUGCCAUCUUCGAAGGAUGGGAAGAGGACGCACCUGAUUCCGAUGAAGAAGACGAAGAAGUUGAGAAUCAUGACGAUGAUGAGAAAGAUUAUAUCCAAACAUCACAUCUUCGUCAUUUCCUCGCACAACCAUAUAUCCACCCACCACUUCUCCUCGCCCCCGAUGCUGAUACAACAGCACCGAAAAAUACUAAGUUCCAUAUCAGAACAUAUGUUCUCGCUUCUGGAGCCCUGGAUAUUUACGUCUAUAAAUCCAUGUUAGCCCUCUUCGCUAGCUCGGCAUAUGUUCCUCCCUGGUCUUCAUCCUCUUCCUCGGGCGAAAUAGAUCUUAACCCGCAUCUCACAAAUACCUGUAUACAAACCUCGGACUCGAAGAAAAAUGCCGUGCAUCUUCUUUCUUCUCUUCCCUUCCCCGCCUCUCUACAUGAGAAAAUCCAAACCCAAAUAUCUAAAUUGACAGCAGAGAUUUUCGUAGCAGCCGCUAAGGAAAUGAGUAUUCAUUUCCAACCAUUGCCAAAUGCGUUUGAAGCAUUUGGACUUGAUUUCUUGGUGGAUGCGGAUGGAGAGGUCUGGUUAUUGGAGGUUAAUGCGUUCCCGGAUUUCGGACAGAGUGGAGAGGAGUGCAAGGCGGUUGUGGAGGGAUUUUGGAAGGAGGUUGUUGGGAAGAGUGUUGGUGGAUUUUUUGGCGUGGGGUCCGAGGGUGGUAAGGAGGGAGAAGAGCAGUUGGUGAGAGUUGGGGGUGUGGAUUUGGGGAGAAAGUAG